AUGAAGGCCGAGCGCGCGGAGGGCCCGAUUGCAGUUCCAGGCACGCCGCAAGCGUCCAUCAAGCAGAGCCCGUCUUCGCCUGUGCCUGCGUCUCCCCGCAAGCAGCUGAGCAUAUCCCAUCUCUCACUGGCAUAUCACACCACUGGGAAGCGACUCGUCUGCCGCAUAUGCCGGUACGCAUGCAUGCCUGAGCGCAAGAUGCGCAUCGACAAGACCCUCAGCGUGACGAUGUUUCCCGACGACGCGCCGUGGUCCGACCUUUCGGGCCACUGCGAGCACGAGCACCCACAGUCAUUCGAGAAACUGAUCAACAUGAAUCCGAAAGAGCUGACGGAGUUGAGGCUGAAGUAUGGGGUUUUGCGGUAA